AUUUUACGUAAAACUAGUUAGAUUAGAAGAUAUUUUAUAUUUUUAUACUAAAACAAAAACAUAAACUGCAUACAUUAAAUUGUUUAUGCUACUUAUACAAUGGGAAAAACUUUUCCUGACCAGAGUUAAUUACUUUUAUAUUACUUAUUCAAAAAAAGGCCUAUUUAUUCAACCCACUCUCUCUAUUAGUGCUGCCCUUUAGCCUAGGAUUCUUCUAUCCUUGCAUCACAAAUUACAACAAAAUGACUCUAAAAAGGAUUUAAUUAUUAAUUUUCUAAAACGUUUUUCUAUUGCAGAAAAUUAACGCUUUAACAUUUGUAUUACAAUUUUUUAUUAACCUUUCUCUUUCUCUCUACCUCUGCUUUAUCACUCUUCUUCUUCUUUGUUGAGAUUUUUAGUAUAGGCUAUUGUAAAUAGAAUAAUUGAUUAGAAAGUUAUAAUAAGUGAAACUAACAAGAAUAUGAUAUCAGAAGAGUAAAUAACAAGAAACAGCACAGCCCAAUUGAACGUCCAUAGGUAUAAUUUGUUAUAACUAUAAUAAUUAUAUAGACAGUAUUUAUAACGUUUUGAUCUAUUUAAAUAGGCAUUAUGUAUAAGUCAUUCCUUAAUAAAAUCCAUUGAAUUAAUGGAUUAUACUUAAAAAAUAUGUAGGGGCAGUGUAUUUAUAUUUUUCGUUAUCAUCAGUAACGUGAUUUAGUUGACCUCUGUUUGCUUAUCACUGUUUCUGUCUCUGUCUCUCUCCUUCUCUCUUUUCUUCAAUUCAACACUUAUUUUAUUCGUUUCUAUAAAGAAUUGAAAGAGAUUUAGGAUAAAUAAUUCUGUACUUCUCAAUACAUUUAUGCCAUAAUUUCCAGUGGUUAAAGGACAACAAGAAGAGAGAAGAGAGAAAUUACAAAGAAAAUAGAAAAGAUGAAUUUAGAAAGAAAUUUAUUCUUCAAAUUAAUAAUUUUACUUGUAAUAAUCAAUUGGAUUAAUGGGCAAACAACAAUUCAUUCAAAUCAUUCGGAAACGCACAAUUCACAUGGAAUAACUGUUGUCUCCUGGAGAUUCAGCUAUGUUGAAACUCCACUUUUAAUAAUCCUAUUCGUUAUAGUUGCUGGACUUUUGAAAAUAGGUUUUCAUCAAGCAAACUUUAUGUCAUCGUGUCUUCCAGAAUCUUGUAUUCUAAUUCUGCUCGGACUAGUUGCUGGAGUCGUUAUACAUCAUACGGAUAAUUCGGGCACUUUUCACCUGAGCCCAAGAUUAUUUAUGCUAUUUUUACUACCGCCAAUUGUCUUGGACUCGGCCUAUAGUCUAAAUGACAAGGUUUUCUAUCAGAAUUUGGGUACAAUUUUACUUUACGCCGUUGUAGGUACCCUCUUAAAUUGGAUAUUUAUUGGUCCAACUUUAUAUGGUCUGAGCCAAAUAAAAGCAAUGGGAGAUAUAUCAUUAUCCCUACUUGAGUGCUUACUAUUCUCUUCAUUUAUAGUUGCAGUUGAUCCAGUUGCUGUUCUAGCCAUUUUUCAAGAGAUUGGCGUAAAUAAAUGCUUAUAUUUUUUGGUAUUCGGAGAAUCAUUAUUAAAUGAUGCUGUAACAAUUGUGCUUAGUAAUACAAUGAGUACAUUUUUAUCUGUUGGUGACGUAUCUGCUAAUCAGAUAGGCCUAGGAAUAGCAUCGUUUUUUACAGUUAGUUUAGGGGGAUUGUCAAUAGGAAUUAUAUUCGGAGUUAUAACAUCAAUUAUAACAAAGCAUACAUUACACGUUAGAGUAGUGGAACCCUUAUGCAUGUUUGGUUUUGCCUAUUUAGCUUAUCUUGUUGCCGAAAUGGUGCAUUGGUCCGGUAUAAUAAGCUGUAUUGGCUGUGGUUUAGUACAAAAUUCUUAUGCAAUGUUUAAUAUAUCAAGAAAAUCUAGAACAACCGUAAAAUACUUUUCAAAAAUGUUAAGUAGUACAAUGGACGCCAUCAUAUUCCUCUUUCUUGGAAUAGAAUUAUAUACUAUCGAUCAUUAUUGGCAUUCGGGUUUUGUUCUAUGGUCUAUCUUUUUAUGCACUAUAUAUAGAUCAAUUAGCGUAUUCGGCUUAACUUUCCUGGCUAAUUAUUGGAGAGAAAAUAAAAUAAACUUGGAAGAACAGUUUAUAAUGUUUUAUGGAGGUUUAAGAGGAGCAGUCUGCUUUGCUAUAGCAUCUACUCUUACGGAAGGAAAAACUAAAAGUAUCUUUAUGACUGCUACUUUUGGAGUUAUUAUUUGGACAGUUUUCAUUCAGGGAUUAACUAUUAAACCUUUGGUUGGCUUUUGCAAAAUAAAAAAAAUGCAGUCAAGGCAAAAUUACAGUUUAUUCCAAGAAAUGAGUGAAAAUGUUUUCGACUCUGUUCUGGCAGGAAUUGAAGGAAUUACUGACGAGUAUGGUGAUACUUUAUUAUGGAUGUAUCUAAAAUAUUACGACAACCGAUAUUGUCGUCCUAUUUUACAAUCAAAAGAAAGUGAAACUGGUCCACCUUUGGUUAAGCUCUAUGAAAAAGUUACCCUCAAAGAUUCAACAACCGGUUUCCUAAAGUAUACAAGUAGUAAUCCAGCACUAGAAGAUGCUGCAAAAAACACCAUUCGAGACGUGGAAAAUGGUAUCACGACAACUCGUCCAAGCUUUAAAAAAAUGCUUAAGCGAGCUUAUUCCCUUGACACUGGAAAAACUAGACAUAUUUCAGUAGAAGGAUUGGGUAAAAUUCUCAAAAGUCAAUCUGCCGAUCGAAGAUACCAUGAUAAAAAUUUGACUAGAGAAGGAAAGCAGGAACAGCUAAAAACCCAUAUAUCGACUGCUCAAGAAGAUGUUCAAAACUGGGCUAAGAGAAAAAGACUUUUUUCAGUAUCAUCUUCAGCUCAGAAUGAAGAACAAGGCGAUAGAGGAUCUGAAGAGAAUGACGAAAGUUUUGAUAAACUUCAAACGAGCUUAUUUCAAUCUAUUGAACCAAUAGUUGAAGAGAAUGUAGAAGAAAUAACAGUUUUGUAGUAAAUAAAUAGUGUUUUACAGCCAUUGUGAUAAUUUUCAGAGUUUUAAAAAAUGAGUUAUUAGAUAGUUAUUUUAUAAAGUUAAAAAAGAGGCAGGGACAGAGAGAGAGAGAGAGAGAGAGAGAAAGAAAGAGAAAGAGAUUAACGAAGCAGUAAAAAGAAAGAACAAAAAAAGAAUCACUAUCAAUAUUUUUGAUUUGUUUAUAUUAGUAUAAUUUGUAACUGUUUUUCUUCAAAAAUUUCUGUUUCCAAUGAAUUGCACAAUUAUUAUUAUCUGCUGAGGAUAUUUUUUUCCUUUUCAUCUUUUUACGAAAUUUGAUACUUCUUCUUUUUGCUUUCUGUUUUAUAAUAAUAAUAAAAACCAUACUGAC